CCGCCCUGUUGCUUGACGUCACUUUUAGCGGGCAGUUUGUUGGCGGAACAAGGGAGAGAAGAAUACAAGGGUUAGAAGUUGGAAAUCGAGGAGAUUUUAUUUGAAAAAUGGAAAUGGCUACACAAGUGCUGUUGAAAGAAAAUAUAACCUGUUCUCAUUCAAAGGAUGACCAACAUGAAAGUGCUAAUAAUAUAUCUAGUACUGUUCAAAAGGAUAUACAGAAUCUAUAUGAAGCAGUGCCACAUCUUUUGAGAAUCUUUCAGAUAAAGGAUAAAAUUGGUGAAGGUACUUUUAGCUCAGUUUACUUGGCAACAGCAAAGCUAAAAUCUGGAAAUGAAGACCUGUUUGCGCUAAAGCAUUUGAUCCCUACAAGUCAUCCAGUAAGAAUAGCUGCAGAGCUUCAGUGUUUGACUGUGGCAGGUGGUAGAGAAAAUGUCAUGGGAGUCACCUACUGCUUAAGAAAGGAUGACCAUGUUGUUAUUGUAAUGCCAUAUGUUGAACAUGAAUCGUUUGUGGACAUUUUAAGAUCUAUGAGUUUUGAAGAAGUUCGACAAUAUAUGUUUAACCUCUUAAAAGCAUUAAAACAUAUUCAUCAUUUUGGAAUCAUUCACCGAGACAUCAAACCCAGCAACUUCCUUUAUAACCGCAAACAGAUGAAGUAUGCUUUAGUGGAUUUUGGGCUUGCACAGGGUACUCCUAAUACUACUGUAGAACUUCUAAAGGUUGUUAAACCUGAAGGACAACCAAGUAAGUGCUUGAAAAAUAAAUCUUCUCAUGCUUUUGGAAGUAAAAUUCCUCCUGCUAGUACAUCUUCAAAGGAUGCUUCUCGGAAUCAGUCCAUAAAGCCACCGGUUAAACGAUCCCUGUCACCUUUACUGCAGAAAAAUUCAAAGACCUCACUCUUGGUCAAUUCCCAGCGUUCCGUAUUUGGUGAAAAAAGCCUAAACAGCCUUAAUUCAAAUGAUGGAUCUGGGAGCAAGGUAAAUAUGGUAGUCAAACCAUCUAAGACAAUAAGUGUGCAGUCUCGGAAGAUUGCUUUACCUAAACGCAAGAUGGUGCCAGUUAAAGGUUCAGUUAGUACUGUAAGCAACCAAAGUCAAAAAUCAUCAAGUCAGUGUCCAAUAAAUUUGACAUGUGACUGUUAUAUGACCGACCGAGUUUGCAACAUAUGUCUGUCAAGGCGUCAGCAAGUUGCACCUAGAGCAGGUACCCCUGGUUUCAGAGCCCCUGAAGUUCUAACUAAAUGCCCCAAUCAAACAACAGCUAUAGAUAUGUGGUCUGCAGGAGUUAUUUUUCUUUCUCUUUUGAGUGGUAGAUACCCAUUUUUCAAAGCAAGUGAUGACUUAGUUGCUUUAGCACAAAUAAUGGCUAUUCGUGGAUCCAAAGAAUUGUCCAAAGCAGCCAAGACAUUUGGAAAAUAUGUUUUGUGCAGUAAAGAUAUUCCAGCUAAGAACUUAAGGACAGUGUGUGAGAAACUUCGAGGGAUCCAUACAUUCAAGGAAAAUAACUGUGAAAGGGAUAUCUCAAGAAACCUUAAUGACACGCAAAAUAGUCCUUAUUCAAAGGAAGAGUACUGUUUUAAAUCCUCUUUAAAACUACAACAUACUGUCGUUAAAGAGGUCCAACAGGAUUGUCAAAAGGACCCAGAAACCACUAAAAAGAUGUCAACUGUGGCAAUGGGAUGGGACAGAGUUCCUGAUACUGCAUAUGAUCUUCUUGACAAAUUACUAGAUAUGAAUCCUGCUACACGGAUAACUGCUAGCGAAGCCUUAUUGCACCCUUUGUUUGCAGGUUUACAACUCUAAUUUCUUCUUUAAAGCUGCUGGAGGUUUUAGUAUGACCUCCUCCCUGAAGGAAUAACUAAUUAAAAAUGUUUGGUUUUUUUAUCAAGAUGAGUGUAAGGCUUUAGGAGUUGUAAGAAAGGAAUAUCUAUGCAAAUAUACAUAAAAUCUGGCACAGCUGGAUAAUACAGACACUAUUAGUUAUAAAGUGACUUGUAAGUUGUCAUGAUUGGCAUGGGUUCCAGUGUCUACUCAUUUCUGAAGAAAGUGUGAAGUCUUGGUACGAUCUGUAUGUCUAAAAAUGUUGCAUUUCUAUGAUUAAUGAUCAGAUGUCAUAUGUUGUGGACGAUAUUGGGUGCUAACUUAAAUUCCGAAAAAGCAGUUUGUAUAUUUAUUUAGAAGUUUAUUUAAUGUUAUUUUAGUGUAAGAAGUUUUCAAUAUUUUUAAUCAGUUUAACUAUUAAAUUGAGUUUUUU